UGUCAUGAAUCAAUUGUCAUUUUAUACGAAUAGUAGUAUCUGUUUUUCUGCAAUUUCACGAUUCUACGGUUUGUUUUAAUUAAGUCCAAAAAGUGAAUUUAUGAUAUAAUAUCGUCACAAUUUUUUAUAUAAAUCAUCGCCGAAACGCAAGUUUACAUUUUUAUUAUAUAAUAGCUAUAAUAGAAGCAGUACAAUAAAUUCUUAGCAACAUAGCCGUCCACGCGGAAUUGUUUGUUCAUUGUAAUGGAAAACCUUGACCAAAGUAACAAUAAAAACGUGUCGCUCAGUUUAAUUGCCGAAUAUGGCUCGGAAUCCGAUUCGGAGGAUACGAGAUCGAAUGAUAAUACAGGAAAUGAAGAUUCAGAUGCCGUGGAACUCAGUGAGAUGGUAUUGAAGAAUAAUAUUAUUAAUGCCUGUGCUCACGGGCCGCUAUCGGAAGGUAGUGAGAGCGACGUGGGGGUAACGAGACAUAUGAUAAUAGACAGCUCCGAAAGUGGAGUUGUAGAAUAUGAUGUAACAGAGUACAGGGACGCAGACAGUGAUUCGGACUCCAGUUCAGAUGACUCUAGUGAUAGUGAUGUAGAUUCAGUUAAAGAUAUUGAAGAAUUAUCUAGCGGAGAUGAACUGGAGGGUAACAAUCGUGGCAAACUCGAUCCUCUGAAAGUACAUGGAGAGCUAGGGCUGGAUGACUUGCCACCUAUAGAAGAUCUUGCCAUUAGCCUCCCAGCACAGGAAACAACUAAAAUUGGAACCAUUGCCAGUGUAGUUGAUAGAUUAGUUAUAGUUCGGGCAUUCCCUGAGACUCCAGCAGUGGAUUUGGAUAGCAUUCUUUUUUUAGAAAAUGGAGCGAAAGCAUUAGGAAAAGUGUUUGAUGUUUUUGGACCAGUAACAGAGCCACAUUACUGUGUACGUUUCAACUCCCUGGAGCACGUGAAGGAGCGCGGCGUGCAGGCCGGUAUGGAGGUGUUCAUCGCGCCUCGCAGCCAACACACUAAUUAUGUCUUCCUCACCGAACUUAUGAAAGUAAAAGGAUCUGAUGCAUCAUGGUUGAAUGACAUCGAACCUCCACCCAACCACAUAGACUAUUCAGAUGACGAAGAAGAAAGAAAAGCUAAUAAAGCAAAGAAGGAUCAACAAAAACAAAAUAAGCAGCCCGAUUCGAGUGAUAAUGGGGAAAAUUCUAAAAACCCUCCACCUAGAAAGAUGCUCGAAGCGAGGCGCAAUCACCGACCUUCCGACUCGAGCAGUAGGUUUGGGGGAUCAAGUCGUGGUCGCAGUUCGGUACCGCCCGGUUUUAGACGGAAUCCUCCUCAUUUCGCAAGACCACAAAGACCAUGGGACGAUCAAGAGAUGAGAACUCCACCACCGCAUCCCAAUGUAGACCCUGGUGGUCCAUAUCUCGCUCCCCCAACGUUCAAUCCCAUGUAUACGCCCUUUAAUCCUGUAACACCACCCCCAUAUGUGAUGAAUAACAGACUGCCAUUUGGUAGAAAUCCAAGAAUGCAUGGAAUGCCCCCAAUGAAUAUGCCUCCGCCUUUCAGACAGAAUCUGCCUAUAUUCGGUUCUAAUUAUUGCAACAUGCCCGGACCACUGCCGCAAUGGGUACAUGGCCCACCCCCUCCCCCGGGCACGUAAUUACACGCAGUUUUACAGUUCAGAAUGUAUAAAUAAAUAUAUUUAGUCAAUAGCUAGUGCUGUGCUGAACAAUACUGGUUUGCUUAUCCAAAUAUCUAUAUUUAUAAUUAAUAAAAACAUGGUAAAGAG